ACACUCUCUCUCUCUCUCUCUCUCUCUCUCUCUCUUUCUCUCUCUCCUCCACUCGCUAUGGAUACGCUGCUUGAGGCUCCAUCAAUGGCGAAGCGGCCGUGCGUGUGCGCCAACGAUCCUGUUCUCCGCCACUCUCACUGUUGCUUAAACCCAAGGGUUUCCCAAUCGGACCAAAUGGAGGGUCUCCUGGAGGCGUUUCUCGAACUUUCCGAUUCUUCUGGUCCCUCUCUCCACCUCUCCUUCGAGAAGCUUCUCGAUUCUAGGGCUUGUGAUUCCGAUCAGAACCUGUUGAUCGAUCGCGCGCUUCGAUUGGGCUCAGCGCUGCUCGAAGCGGGUAAAAGAUCUGCUCGGAAGCGCGCUUCGAUCCAUAACUCGCUGACCUGGGCUCUACCUCCUGAUCUCACCAUCAAGGUAUUUUCUAUGUUAGAUACGCAAAGCCUAUGCUACACUGCAGCUACUUGUUCAAUGUUUCAUAAGUGUGCCAUGGAUCCUUUGUGCUAUGCCAAUAUUGACUUGACGACAGUAGUUCCAAAGGUCAACAAUGCAGUUGUAUCUACAAUGAUCCAACGAGCUGGAAAAGUCCUUCAGUCUCUUAGGCUUGGUAUAGUUCCUGGCCCAACUUUGUCACCUGGAUCUUCUCAGCCAUUGGUUUAUACCAUCAGGAAUUCUGUAGAUGCAGCUGGCUUUUCAUGGAAUGAUAAAAGAUCUAGACAGGGGAAGGAAUCAUCCAUUCUUUCCAGAUCCUGCUUAACUGCUCUUAGUGGGGAUAGUGGUGCUGCUGGGGCCCUUUUGAAAAGAUUGCACCUUUACAACAUUGAAAGAAUGGAUAACACAGCACUAUGUGCAGCAUUAUCGGCUUGCCCAUCUCUCCUUGAUCUCGAAAUUGUUGGCCUGCAUGUUGAAUUAAGGCAGACACUGAUGUCAGUGAGCACAAAUUGUCACUUGAUAGAGCGUUUAUUCUUUGAGUCUUCAAAAACAGGUAGAGAUGACAGUUUGAAGUCACCAACCUGUGUUGAUCUGGUAAACAAUUGUCCUCAUCUAACCUCAUUGGCACUUAGAGGGUUUAAGCUACACGACUAUAAAGUCCGCAUACUUGUUAAGGGAUUUCAUAAACUAAAAUACGUUGAUUUCUCGACAUCCUACUCAAUCACUGGCACCUUUUUAAGGAACCUUGGCAGCAGCACAGGCGGGAAUCUAUUGGAGGUUCUAUUAUUACGGGAUUGCAUGCAUCUCAAAGAAGUGGAGGUUGCUAAGUUUUUAUCAGCAAUUAUUGCAGGAGACUUCAGGCUACUGAGACUCCUUGACAUAUCCAACAGAGAAGGUCUAGCAUCCGAAGGGGACUGGUAUUACAGAUGUUAUAAUUCAAGUAUGAUUCCUAUAAAGCAGGUGUCGGAGGAAAGACCUGAUAUAUGCUUGCUGGCUGAGUUCCCUUCAGAGGGAAGUAUCAUUGAGAUUGAACAAAUGAUUGACAUCUUAAACAGUGAUGCCAGUUUGUCGUCACAGCUGAGCAGCCAUUCAUUAGACAGUUCAGUGUCCAUGGGUUCAUCUGAGAGCAGCUAUAAUAGUGAUCAGGGCAGUGGCAAUGAAGAUGGUCGAGAGACUGGUUAUGUAAUCUAUGAGGAAAGUUCCGACGAGGUGGACAUGCUGGUUGUGUAGGAGAAACAUCAAUGGUUGAAAGACUUGGAAUUUAUGGCCACUAAAUGAUUUUGGUACGUCUCACUCUCUCUCUCCCUCCACCCGCCUCCCCCGUCUCUCUCUUCAGGUUCUGACUCGUCUUGUUAUGCUGCUCUUCAUCAGAAAAUUUUAGCUGUCCUCAGAGCAGAAUAAUUAGAUUGAGCAGUUCACUUAUUUUUAGUGGUUAAUGUGCAAACAGUGCAAAACAGAAAGCUAUUUGAUUUUGAUGAAAGCUUUGCUUCAUUGUUUUAAAUUCAAAGUUAGCCUGGAGAUACCCUCCAAUUUGCUAAGUCAUCUUUUGAUUUUGGAGAUUCAGAGGAUUGAGAUUGUGGAUUUAAACCCCAAAUACAGAGCCAUCGAACCCAAGAUUUCUUAUGUUGUGGAUUUUGGAAAUGAGCACACCUUUGACAGAUAAGAUCAAAUGCUAUUACAUUUGCCUAAGAAUCCACAUCCAGAUUUGAUGUGUUCAUAUUUGACAGGGGCAUCGGGCACCCAGUCAAUGCCCUUUUUAUAAUUUGAGUAUUUGUAAUAUAUGUCAUGGUACGUAUGCAGAUUCUCAUGCAAUAUUUCGUGUUUUCUAAUUGCGUUUUUAUGUGAUACAAAGACCAGGGUGGAGGCUUUUACGAAGUAUGAUUUCUACUCGCGGACAGUGGAAUUUGCUCUAGCUGUGCAAAUUCCUGUGGAUCUGAGUCUGCUGUAGAAUUGCUGUUCGGUCUAUACUGACUUCGGCAAACAGGCCUCUACCCCACGCUUCCCCUCCCCCCCUUUUCCUUACUAGGGUACAAGUAGAGAAGCCAUUUGGGGGCUUUUCUUUUCCUUCUGUUUGGAAGCAAUCACUGGGCCUAUGGCUCAUGCAGCUCAAAUUAACGGCGGAUAUAUAUUUUUAUGAUCAACAUUUUAUCACAAUUGUAGUUACUGUGCAGGUAUAAAUCAAUCCAUUGGGGAUGCCUGUAGCCUGUUCCUCUAUAAGUAGCCUUUUGGAAAUUUCCAUA